CAAGCUGUCAGUCGCAAGACGACUAGCAAGAAGCAGCCACCAACAUGCCUGAGCCCACAGAAGAAGUAAAGCCAGCAGACGAAGGUCCAGCUGAGGACGGGCGGACAGAGUUAACAGGACUGUUUUUGGAGAAGCCAGAAAGUGUGGUAGUCUACGCAGGUAAAGAUGUUACAUUUGUGGUUAAGGUGGACUCCACCAACCUGACGCGUAAACCCGUUAUGAAGUGGUUAAAGGGGAAGUGGAUGGACCUGGGCAGCAAAGUGGGAAAACACAUCCAGAUAAAAGAGACAUAUGAUAGAAACACCAAGAUCUAUACCUAUGAGAUGAAGAUCGUCAAGGUCGUCCCAGGAGACGCAGGCGGAUACAGAUGUGAAGUGUCUGUGAAAGACAAAUGUGACAGCUGCACUUUUGAGAUCACUGUAGAGGCUGCUGAACAAGAAGAAAAGGAAGAUAUUCUGUCUGCCUUCAAAAGAGCGGACGCUGGUGAGGAUGAAGGAGAACUGGACUUUAGCGCUCUUCUCAAAGCAGCAAAAAAGAAAAAGAAGGUAGAACCUGAGAUAGAAGUGGACGUUUGGGAGCUCCUAAAGAGCGCUCACCCCAGCGAGUACGAGAAGAUCGCGUUUAAGUAUGGCAUCACUGACCUGCGGGGAAUGCUGAAGAGACUGAAGAAGAUGAAGAGCGUGGAGCCCAAGGCCGUCGCUGCAUUCUUAAAAUGCCUGGAGUCAGCGUACUCAGUUAAUAAAGGGAAGAGGAUCGUCCUGUCUGUGGAGGUCGCUGAUCCUAAUGCUGAGGUCAAAUGGCUCAAGAAUGGCCAAGAGAUCAAACCUUCUACCAAGUACAUCAUGGAGGCUAAUGGGAACAUUCGAACUCUCACAAUCAAUAAAUGCAGUCUGGCUGAUGAUGCGGCGUAUGAAUGUGUGGUCGGGACGGAGAAAUCCUUCACUGAAGUCUUUGUUAAAGAGCCACCGGUGACCAUCACUAAACUGCUGGAUGACUAUCAUGUUCUGGUUGGAGAACGAGUGGAGCUUGAGAUUGAGGUGUCUGAAGAGGGAGCACAUGUCAUUUGGAUGUUUGAGGAUGUGGAGCUGUCUCGUGAUGAUAAAAGUUCAAAGUAUCGUUUUAAGAAGGACGGGAAACGCCAUUGUCUAAUAAUCCAAGAGGCGACACUAGAAGACAUUGGGAUGUACUACGUUUACACCAAUGGAGGCAAAUCGAAGGGAGAGCUUAUCGUUGAAGAUAAGGAACUGGAGGUGUUGCAAAGUAUGGCAGACCUUACAGUUAAAUCUGCAGAACAAGCAGUGUUUAAGUGUGAGGUGUCAGACGAAAAGGUCACUGGAAAAUGGUUUAAAGAUGGUGUGGAAGUUCAACCCAGUGAUCGUAUCAAGAUUUCCCAUAUCUGCAGGAUGCAUCGUUUGAUCAUUGAUGACGUAAAGCCCCAGGAUGCUGGAGAUUACAUGUUUGUCCCAGACGGCUAUGCACUCUCACUGUCCGCCAAACUCAACUUUCUGGAAAUCAAGAUUGACUAUGUUCCCAGACAAGAUCCUCCAAAGAUCCAUUUGGAUGUAACUGGUAGCAUGGUUUCUCAGAACACCAUCAUUGUCGUUGCUGGGAACAAGUUGCGUCUGGAUGUGGAGAUCACGGGAGAGCCCACCCCAACCGUCUGCUGGACGAAAGGAGAUAAGCCAGUGACAGAAGCCGAGGGGCGCGUCCGUGUGGAAAGCAGGAAAGAUCUGAGCAGCUUCGUCAUUGAGGGAGCAGAACGAGAGGAUGAGGGCAACUACACCAUCACCGUCACCAACCCAGCAGGGGAAGACAAAGCCAACCUCUUCGUUAAAAUUGUUGAUGUUCCUGACCCUCCAGAGAAUAUCAAGUGUACUGGAGUAGGAGAAGAGAACGCCACUAUUGUUUGGGAGCCUCCAAAAUUCGAUGGAGGAGUACCUUUAAAGGGAUACUUGAUGGAACGGAAGAAGAAAGGGUCGUCCAGAUGGACAAAGCUUAAUUUUGACAUCUAUGAGGGCACGACAUACGAAGCUAAGCGCAUGAUUGAAGGCGUUCUGUACGAGAUGAGAGUGUUUGCGGUUAAUGGAAUCGGAAUCUCAGCUCCCAGUCUCAAUUCGAAGCCAUUCAUGCCAAUCGGCCCCACCAGUGAGCCAACAAAGUUGACCGUGGAUGAUGUAACAGACACUACGUGCUCACUAAAGUGGUUGGCUCCCGAGAGGGUCGGAGCUGGAGGUUUGGACGGGUACAUCGUAGAAUUCUGCAAGGACGGAGAAUCGGAGUGGCAUGCUGCUAACACAGAUCUGAUCGGGCGUCAGAGUUUUGUCGUGAGAAACUUGCCCACUGGAGAGAAGUUGAAUUUCCGAGUGAUGGCAGUAAAUAUUGCGGGCCGCAGCCCCCCUGCCCAGCUCGGUCAACCUGUCACCGUUAGAGAGAUUAUGGAGCAUCCUAAAAUCCGUCUUCCUCGUGAGCUUAGAACCAAGUACAUCAGGAGAGUUGGCGACAAAAUCAACCUGGUCAUCCCCUUCCAGGGAAAACCCCGUCCUGUCGCUCAGUGGUUGAAGGACGGACAGCCAGUUGAUGAAAAGAAGGUGGGAAUCAGAAAUUCGAAUGUUGACUCCAUCCUGUUCAUUCGCUCUGCUGAGAGAGAUCAUUCUGGAAAAUAUACACUUGUCUUGAAAAUUGAAAACAUGGAGGACACGGCCAACAUAGACAUCCGAAUUGUUGAUAAACCUGGCCCUCCGACUCAUGUGCAUGUAACUGACGUCUGGGGCUUCAAUGCAGCGUUGGAGUGGAAACCACCAAAGGAUGAUGGUAACUGUGAGAUCUCUGGUUACACAAUACAGAAAGCUGACAAGAAAACCAAGGAGUGGUUUACUGUAUAUGAACAUAAUCGGCGCACUAACUGCACCGUCUCUGAUCUCGUCAUUGGAAACGAGUACAUGUUCCGCGUGUACAGUGAGAACCUCUGUGGUCUCAGUGAGGAUCCGUGUCUGAGCAAGAACACAGCCAUCAUCGGCAAGAGCGAUUUGGGGUAUAAACCUCCAUCCUAUAAGGAAAAGGAUAUGACAUGCCCUCCUAAAUUCACGGCACCGCUUGUGGAUAGAUCUGUCACUAUGGGCUACAGCAUGGCCAUCAGCUGCGCAGUCAGAGGAUUCCCAAAGCCGAAGAUCAUCUGGAUGAAGAACAAGAUGAUAAUAGGUGAUGAUCCAAAGUUCUUGAUGCAAAAUAACCAGGGAGUUUUGACUCUAAAUAUCCGCAAACCCAGCACAUUUGACUGUGGAAAGUACACUUGCAAGGCUGUAAAUGAACUCGGAGAAGAUGAGGUGGAGUGCAAAGUGGAAAUCAGAGCUUUACCAAUAGAGAAGAAGGAGUAAACGAAUGGAAGCCGCAUCAGCAACGGUGGUGAAAUGAAGAGGAAGUGACAUCUGCUGAAAACAAUAAGCUUUUCUUAAAAUGAUUUGUGUUUAACAGACUCGCUGUAUGAAUAAAAUAACACCUACUUAUUCUAAUGGGUCACAUGUUCUUAACUCUUGCUCUGAUUUUGUAGCUUUGCAAUGAUUGAAUAAACGCUCGGUUGACUGCAUUCAGCCCCAGUGAGAAGUAUUUUUAUCAAAACUAUAGCAACCAGUGACGUUACAAGCUACGGACAAAUAUGCAUGUUCAAAAACAAUGGUUUUAAUAUUGGAUGAAAAACACAGAAUAUUCCUAUCAAGGUGUACUGUAGUAGCCCAACACUGUUUCUAGGUGAUCAAUAUUUGCACCCUAAAGGGCAACUUUAGCUUUAGUUGUUGUGUUGAAAAUAUUUUUCUUUUUUCUUUUUUUUUUUUUUUUUACAAUAGCACAACAUCUGCAGAAGAAGAUAUUGAAAGCACACCUAGAAGAUGUUGAAUGUGGCCAAAUACUAAGACAAAGCAAUAAUAAUUAAUAAAUACAUAACAAUGUCCUUUCAGGUCGACGGCCAAUUUACAGUACUGUAUGCAUUUGCAUAAAUCAUUGUAUGCAGUUGUGCUUAGCUGUUUGGUGCUGCCGAAGCGAUGCUGUAAGACCAUCACCAUAGUUUCUAGGGUUUCCAUGGCAACUGAACGACUACAUAUCUGCUGAGAAGAAGGGGAGAGCAGAGAGGUGAUGUUUGGAAAGCAAAGGGGAGGAGAGAACGGGAAAGACAGACAGCAGCGAAAAGGAGAAAAACAUUGGCAUGUCUUCAGAGACAAUAAAUACAUGCAUGUUAGAGAGAGAGAGAGAGUGGGCUAUUUUCAGCUUGUGGUUGUCAUGGAAACAGAGGCAUCGCUACUGAUGCAGUCAUUCAAUGCCCACAGAUGCUAAGCACUUGUAUCUGAUUAAGAACAACUGGCAAUAACCAGGGUAACUAACCAGUGUAAAUUAUUAUAAUCCAGUGUACAUGAUACAACAUCUCUCGGAGAAAAUGUAAAGAGUGCAUCUGUAUGUCAAAUAUGAGAUAUAACAAGCCAGCAUUAUAAAUCCAAUAUAAACAAAAUGGCCUUACCCAGUACCAGGGCCGUAGCAGGGUAAUCUGGGCCCCCUGACUGUAUAUUGCUCUGGGCCCCUUUCCUAUUAAAAAAUACAGUUUAGAAUUUUUUGUGGGGCCCCCUGUACCUUUGGGCCCCUAGAAUCAUUACCACCUUUCACCCCGCUAGCAACGGCCCUGCCCAGUACAAACCUUUAGAAACCAAUGCUAACCAAUCACUCAGUCCAUACUAAUGUAAUCGCCCAGUAAACACACUAACCACUAAACAUCGGCACAAUCCAACAUCUACAAUAUAAAAUUAGUAUUGCAUAGAGCUGCAUUUUGCACUAAUCGAGAGUUUUAUAAAAUUAGUCACAAAUAAAAACCUGUUGGUAAUAAAUACAAUUACAUUGCGUACACUUCUUUUGGAAUUACUGUAAUUACGAAAUGGAAACUCGACGCGGAGCAGCUCAUGUCCUUGGACCUUGGAAGUAUUUGUUUUUAUGGAAACAAUCAUAACGCCAAAACAGCUCUGUUGUUGAUAACAGCAAAGUAUUUAUCAGUACAUUAAUUCUUUAAUUCGACUCUAUAUGUUCUUGUGAAAUGUUUAAGAACAAAGAAAGGGCUCAAGGUAACAACUGGAUACUGCAUUGGCAUAUAAUACAGAAAUGUGUUCACUAUUAGACUUAACUGUUGAGGCAGCUAACACAUAGCUGUUCAGCCACGAUGUCAAUUUGCAGGAAAUCACGGAAGGCUAAUUUGUCAUGGGUUCCCUCUGGAUUUUUCUAUAUGUCUUUAUAAUGGCAUUUUUGGAUUUAUGAGAAAAAUAAGGUCUCUGGUAAACAUUACUUUGUUUAACUAAUUACAUUAGUUGUGAUGCUAACAAGUUGCUAAAGAAGGACAAUCCCGAGAAUAUUCAAGAGGGAACCCAUUGCUCAAAAAUGCUAAUUCUCUUCCAGGUUUUUGGACAACAACCUGAACAACUCUAUUGGUUGUUUUUUACAUGAUGUCACGACAAUCUCCAGUGUUUGCGUUAGCAUGGAAUCGAUAAUAUUUAUCCUACUGCUACCAUUUUGUUUGUGUAAACGAGUUUUCAUAUAAAGUAGAAGUUUGGAGUGCCGCAGGGCUCAGUAUUAGGUCCUCUGCUUUUCUCCUUGUAUAUGCUUCCCCUGGGAGACAUCAUCUGGAAUCAUGAAAUUAGUUUUCACUGUUAUACAGACAAUACUAACAUCUUAUGUAGUUUUGUGUUCCUUGCCACAGUUGCCUAAAGACAAAAUAAUAUUUAAAGCAUGGUUUUCAAUCGUAUUAUUCAUUUAAGCCGCAAAAUGAGACUUUAAGACAUUACAGCAUCUUUUUCUGUAACAGCAUCAUUUUCU